AUGGAGGUUCUGUCUCUGGGCCCAAAGUUAAAGGUUCUGCUUUCUAAGACGUUAAAGGUUCUGCUUUCUAAGAAGUUAAAGGUUCUGCUUUCUAAGAAGUUAAAGGUUCUGCUAAAGGUUCUGCUUUCUAAGACGUUAAAGGUUCUGCUAAAGGUUCUGCUCUCUAACAAGUUAAAGGUUCUGCUAAAGGUUCUGCUUUCUAACAGGUUAACGGUUCUGCUAAAGGUUCUACUUUCUAACAAGUUAAAGGUUCUGCUAAAGGUUCUACUUUCUAACAAGUUAAAGGUUCUGCUAAAGGUUCUACUUUCUAACAAGUUAAAUGUGCUAAAGGUUCUGCUAAAGGUUCUGCUUUCUAACAGGUUAAAGGUUCUGCUAAAGGUUCUGCUCUCUAACAAGUUAAAGGUUCUGCUAAAGGUUCUGCUUUCUAACAGGUUAAAGGUUCUGCUAAAGGUUCUACUUUCUAACAGGUUAAAGGUUCUGCUAAAGGUUCUACUUUCUAACAGGUUAAAGGUUCUGCUAAAGGUUCUACUUUCUAACAGGUUAAAGGUUCUGCUAAAGGUUCUACUUUCUAACAAGUUAAAGGUUCUGCUAAAGGUUCUGCUUUCUAACAGGUUAAAGGUUCUGCUUUCUAACAGGUUAAAGGUUCUGCUAAAGGUUCUACUUUCUAACAGGUUAAAGGUUCUGCUAAAGGUUCUACUUUCUAACAGGUUAAAGGUUCUGCUAAAGGUUCUACUUUCUAACAGGUUAAAGGUUCUGCUAAAGGUUCUACUUUCUAACAGGUUAAAGGUUCUGCUAAAGGUUCUACUUUCUAACAGGUUAAAGGUUCUGCUCUCUAACAUUUCUAUUGAACUUGUUCUUUUUUUCUUUCUUUCACCACCGUUACUACAAUGGAUUUUUUUUAAGACCCGAUCCGGUUCUGUUGUUGACUCUUCUGGAUCUGGUCUAAGAAUCCUAGAGCUGGGCAAUAAUUCAAUAUCACAUUUCACUCAAUAUAAACAUAUUGAUUUCAACUUAUUGAUUAUCAUUCUCCAGAAACUGUGAUUUAGAAACCAACUAAU